UUUAAGCCUUUAACACUUGCCCAUCUAUUUGUUUGAUUUUUGUUCUUUUUUUCUUUUUUUCUUUCGGAAAGAAGCUUCGGACUUACUACCGCGAGCGUUGUAAAUUGAGCACUUCCACCAAAGAAGUCGUGGGUGGACGAAUGAACUGAAUCUGAACCAUGGCGUUCACAGCAAUAUCUUCUUCAAUGCCGUCUAGUGCUUUUGUGCGUUCAAUUCUCUCCUCCCAGUGCAUAUCAACUCCCACCACUCCUUCACAGAAAUCCUCAUCUCUCUCGUGGGCAUCUUCAUUUCCGUCCAUUAGCCUAUCUAGAGGCUCCCCUUUUGUCUCCUCGAAUCCCGCGCAUGCCAAGGUUUUAUUCAUACAAUCAGCUUGGACAAGAAGGUCACGAGGGGAGGCUGCAAAGCGACCAAACAAGAAAUCAUGGAAACAACGGACAGAUAUGUAUAUGAGGCCAUUUUUACUAAAUGUUUUCUUUUCAAAGAAAUUUAUGCAUGCGAAGGUAAUGCAUAGAGGAACAAGCAAAGUAAUAUCAGUGGCGACAACAAAUGCAAAGGAUCUUAGGAACAGUUUACCGUCACUUACAGAUCACAAUGCAUGUAGAGUAAUAGGGAAGCUUAUUGCAGAGAGAUCAAAGGAAGCAGAUGUAUAUGCAAUGUCGUACGAGCCUAGGAAGGAUGAAAGAAUUGAAGGUAAGCUUGGUAUUGUUAUUGAUGCCAUUAAGGAGAACGGGAUCAUGUUUGUACCUUGAAUUUAAAAAUCUGGAAGAAUGAAACAGAAAAAGAGAACGACUUAAGGUAAGGCCUCUUAUAUAGGCGCAGAGGAUGAGACUGUAAAAGCUAACAUCUUCCUAUUUAACUCGUUUGAAAUAUUCGAAGCUGUUGCUCUUACUAAAAACUCCCUUGCAUGCUAUGCCA